AACAAGGAUUGUAUUAUACAGGGUGUUUAUAAAUGAAUGGUGCAGUUUUAAAAAUUAAUAAUAAAUCUGAAUAAACCAAAUGAUUAUUUAAGAAUCCUUUCUUUAGGUAUGAGUAUGAAUCUUCCAAUGCAGUCUAAGAAUUUGCCAAUAAUUGCGGAAAUAGAACAUGCAAUAAGGAAACUCCCAGGAAGUAAAGAAGAACAAACAAAACUAAGAACAGCCAUAAGUAAGGAUUUAAACAAAUUUAAAGUCAUGGCAGAUAAAUCAAAGCAAUUGGUGAUUAUUAAAAAGGAGGAAUUGUUAUCCAAAAAAUUAGAAAUAAUUUCAUCGGAUGACUAUGAAUUAUUACCAAGAAAUCCUAUUGAAGAAAUUAAAAGCAAUCUUACUAAAUUAAUUAAAAAAUAUAAGAAUGAAAUUCCAGCCAAUCAAGUUAAAAAUAUUUUGGACUUUAAUAAUGUAAGAGAACCUAAGUUAAAUGUAAGAAUCAAAACACAUAAGCCUGGUAAUACUUGCAGACCCCUUGUGGAUUUUAGAAGAACUGUUUUGUAUAAUUUGGAAUGUUUUUUAAAAAAUUUCUUUCAGAAUAUGGAGAAAUCAACCUAUAGUAUACAAAAUACAGAAGAACUAAUUAACGGAUUGUUAAAAGAGUAUUAUAGGCAGAAGAAAGGUAUUGCCAUGGGAUCGGUUAUAGGACCAAAAUUGGCUGAUAACUAUAUGAAUAAAAUAGAUGAAAGAAUUUCAAGUCUAACAGGUAUUAAAUAUUAUGCAAGAUAUGUAGAUGACAUAAUAAUAGUUUAUGAUUCUCAAAUAGUUUCAUCCAAACACAUUGAGGAAUAUGCAAAUAGAUUACAUAAAAAUUUAAAGUUUACAAGUGAAGAUGAACAACAAAAUAAAAUGAAUUUCUUAGAUGUCACCAUAAAAAGAGAAGAAACAAGUGUAUCAUUUAGUAAGUAUGAAAAACUAUGUAAUAAUGGUAAAACUAUUAACUUUAAAUCUUACUGUCCUUUAGAAAAUAAAAAGAAUGUCUUUAAUAUGGAAUUGAGAAAGAUACUAAAUCGAACAACUCAGCAAGAAAACAUAGACAUCGAAGUAAAACAAUUGUUUAAAAAAUUUCAGUUAAAUGAUUAUCCGAAGCAUAUUCUCUUUGCGAGCCAAAAGAAUAAGAUGUCAAACAUUAUCAGCAUAAUAAACAGUGAAAAUUCGCCCAGAGACCAAUUUAAAAUCGCCGGUGUCGUAUAUAGGAUGUCAUGUACAUGUGGAAGCCCAAAUUAUUACAUUGGAGAAACCGGAAGAAGAUUGGAGUUGAGAGUAAAGGAACAUGAGGCAGCCAUUAGACUGAGAAGAACGGAAUCAGCAUGGUUUUUACAUUGCAGAAAAUUUAAUUGUAAUAUAAAUAUAAAAAAUACUAAAAUUUUGUAUAGAAUAGAAAAUAACUUAGAAAGAAAAAUUGUAGAACAUUUCUGUAUCGCCGAACAUGUAAAUUUACUUAAUUUGAAUGCUGGAAUGAUUGUUGAUGCAUGCUGGGAACGGCUGUUGGGUAUAAAACGUAACCAACGAAUAACAUCCUGAUGUAUCCACUGAGGAGGCCUAGAUGGCGAAAUGCAUAUGGAUAAAAUUAAUAAAAUGAUGAUUGUUCCUUGCUAUUUGUUUGUCUUGUUUUGGCUCAUAGAAUCCUCGAAGUCGGAAAUAGAAAGAGUAUAAUUUUUACUUGUAUUUUAACUAAAAAUUUUUUAUUUUUAGUGUGUUAAUAUUACCACCGAUCCCAUUGGUUUUAAUAGUUGAAUUUAUAUUAAUAAUAAAUCUAUUUAUUACCUUAUAUGGGCCAACCCACUGUCCAAGUUUUUUAUGUGCUACCUGCUC